AUGAUCACCAGCACGGUCACCAAGAACAAUCAGCCUAGCACGGUCACCAAGAACAAUCAGCCUAGCACAGUCACCAAGAACAAUCAGCCUAGCACAGUCAUCAAGAACAAUCAGCCUAGCACAGUCACCAAGAACAAUCAGCCUAGCACAGUCACCAAGAACAAUCAACCUAGCACAGUCACCAAGAACAAUCAGCCUAGCACAGUCACCAAGAACAAUCAGCCUAGCACAGUCACCAAGAACAAUCAGCCUAGCACAGUCACCAAGAACAAUCAGCCUAGCACAGUCACCAAGAACAAUCAGCCUAGCACAGUCACCAAGAACAAUCAGCCUAGCACAGUCACCAAGAACAAUCAACCUAGCACAGUCACCAAGAACAAUCAGCCUAGCACAGUCACCAAGAACAAUCAGCCUAGCACAGUCACCAAGAACAAUCAACCUAGCACAGUCACCAAGAACAAUCAACCUAGCACAGUCACCAAGAACAAUCAGCCUAGCACAGUCACCAAGAACAAUCAGCCUAACCUAGCACAGUCACCAAGAACAAUCAGCCUAGCACAGUCACCAAGAACAAUCAACCUAGCACAGUCACCAAGAACAAUCAGCCUAGCACAGUCACCAAGAACAAUCAACCUAGCACAGUCACCAAGAACAAUCAACCUAGCACAGUCACCAAGAACAAUCAACAAUCAGCCUACAGUCACCAAGAACAAUCAGAACACAGCCUAG